AUGGGCAGCGGUCCGAGCCGAGGGAAGAAAGUCGCUCCUGCGUGUGUCAGCGAGGUGAACGGGACCAAAACAACCACCGGCGGGGUCCCGUACCCCAAACAGGACAGCCGCAUGUUCGAGCCCCUGAAGAUCAACGCGGUUUUACGCAACGCGCGCAACCGUGCGCAACCGGACUGCCACAGCCAGGGGCCCGACUCCGACCUGUCCGGGGAGGACGAGGACAUCGAUGCAGAGCUGGACACGGUCCUCGCUGACUAUGAGGAACGAGAGAGGACCACGGAGAAGAAACAACCUCCCAAGAAGACUGUUGUGAAAUCCAAAACGUACGGACUGUGCCACCUCGGCCGGGAGGACGCGGAGGACGAGGUGACGGGACGAGCCGAGGAGCCACGUGUCCCCCGCGGAGGAUCUGAGGAUGUAAACAAGAGGAGCAAGGAGGCUUUCACACGUCAGUCCUCUUCCUCCUCCUCUUCCUCCUCACGGGGCUUUUUGACAAGAGGGUCUCAGCUGGACUCUGUGCCCACAUCAGAAAAACAAUUGACUUUUGGCAGCUGCCACAGCUCCUCUCUCACCAUGCCAGUCAUCCCGUACGAUGGAUCUGAAGAGGAGCUGAUGGACACUAUUGAGCGAGAGUUUAGUUGA